UAAAAAAAUUACCUGGUGGGUAGGACUUGCACAGUCGUCGUCAUAUGUUCGGCUAAAUACGUUUAGAUUACAAAAGAUAAAAUCCACGUACAAUAAUUAAUCCCUUUUUAGCAAAUUUUAAUUAUAAUGGCCAGAUAUUUUAAAGAACAGGAUAUCGAUGAAUUCAGAGAAUGCUUUUAUCUGUUCGCUCGUUCUGGCCACAUAAAGUCCCUUGAUGAGCUCACCGUGAUUAUGAGAAGCCUAGGGCUUAGUCCCACUAUAUCGGAAUUAGCUGGAUAUUUUAAACAAAAGGGUGGAAAAAUGACAUUCGCAGACUUCCUAGAAGUGAUGCACAUCCACUCGAGUGUAGAAAACUUGCCCAAAGAAAUAGUGGAUGCAUUUAAAGCAGCUGAUCCAGAAAACAGGGGCACAAUAUCGGCUAAGCAUCUGCGGCACCUUUUACAGAACUGGGGCGAGAAGUUGUCCUCGAAAGAGGUGGAUAGGAUCUUCCGAGAGGCUAAUGUUAAUAAUGCCAGCAUGGUGAAAUAUGAGGAUUUUGUGAAGAUUGCUUGUGCUCCUGUUCCUGAUUAUUACUAGAGUAUAUGUGUAGUAUUUCUUUAAUAGCCUUUGUCCUAGUUUUAUAAAUAAAGUAUUGAUUGGA